AUGUUUGUUGAGAGAAACAUGAUUUUACUACUACUACAAUUGCUUAGCAAGCUACAUAGUACACUACAUAUCCACGUUAGAUGGAAAAAUGACACAAAUGCUUUUCUAUAUUCUAGCAAAUUACAAAAUACAAAACAACCUAAACAAUGAGUGCAGGAGCCAACGAAUGCAUCAAAUGGAACAGGAAGAAACAUCAAAGGACAAUCGUUGUACCUUGAACACGACGAAAUUGAUUUCCUUGAGAGUGGAUCAUGUUCUUAUACAGAGCUUCUACAUGGUGGGUCAUUUUCUUAUACUGAACUUCUACAUGCACAAAUGUAUCAAAGCAUGACAAAUAUCAUGGAAUGCGAUAGAACUGACCUGGACAACAAAUUCAACACACCAGAAGCAGGAGAAUAUAUCCAUUCAGAACAAAAUGAAUCACCGACAAAUCAAGCAGGAGCAGAAAAUCCAUGGAAUAUCAGUCUAUUUGACAGUAUGGAGUUAGAUAAGGUGAAUGAUGAGCAAAACUAUCAACAACCAUCUACAUUUGCAAGAGAAGAACAACAGUUUCCCAGCGAAGAAUCAGAAGGCACUGCAGCAAGUGAGAAACAGAAGGGCACACACAAUUCAAGACAAGGACAAGAAGAAGAAUUCCUAAAUGAAGUUGACAUUCAUAACUUCUUAGGAAAUGAAGAAGCGUCAGCUAAGGAAGGAAACUUAAGGAAUGUCGACAGUGUUACAAAACCCGCAGUAGGAAUGAGAUUCAAGAGCAAGCAAGAAGGCCAGGAGUUCUUUAAUUUCUACUCACAUGUGGCCGGAUUCUGUGUCACAACAGUCGCUGUAAAGAGGACUAGCAGUAAGAAGAGGAACAAUGAGAUAACACAAAUCACCAUGAAAUGCAACAAACAUGGAAAAACAAAAGAGGUGGAGGCAGAAAGUGUAGUUCCAAUCAGGAAAAGUAUAGUAAUAGCAAAGACGAACUGUAAAGUAGUUCUGGUACUAUCGAAAAAAGAAGGAACUUGGGAAAGAAAACUAGUAUAUGUCUCAUCGAAUGCAUCAAAGAAGAAAAGAAAAUACGAGUACUUCCUAGGAGAAAUAGAGAGGAUACAAAAUAGGUUGAAGGAGAUGGAUGAAGAAUCAGAAAGUGAGAUGAAUGUCCAGAGUGGAUCUACUAGAACAGGGACAACUGUAGCAACAAACAUAGAUGCAGAAGAGACUACAUCCAGGAUGAACAUACAAGACCCUGAUGUUUCUGCUACAAAAGGCCGCCCUAGGAUGCUAAGUAUCAGAGAAGAUAUCAAGCAAAACAAGUUCUACAAAUGCAGCCACUGCUAUUCUGACAGGACAGAAGACACAGAAGAAGAAGAUGACUGGAGAAGAGAAAGUAACUGA